AUGAGCUGCUGCUUAAGUAAUCGUAGUUAUCGUAACAUGAUCAUGAAGCAUGUGCUAUUAGAAGAUAUGCCCGACAGAAACGUUGCACCAGAGGAAGUCAAGUUCAUCCCUGGUCCGUCAUCACCUGGCUCUCUUUUUGGUCAGGAUUGGCAAGAAAGACGAGCGUAUCUUCGUCCAAGUGAUAACAUAGUGAUCAUGCUCGCUGAAAGAGAACGAGGUUAUACGCGUAACGGUGUACGGCAUGUUCGCAAUCGACACGAUGAGUUUUAUUCGACUGUGGCUAUGGAUCGUAUAGUUGAGCGAUUAUUUGAAUUGGAAUCUGAGGUGACCAUGAUGAUGGGAACAUCUCGUUUGGAGAGUGCUUCAUUACGAACGGAUUGCAUGCUAUUCACUGAUGAUGGUAACUAUAUGAUCGUAGCAACAACAGCACCGGCACCCGAUCAACUGUUAACAAUACCCAUGGCUUAUCCGAAUACUGAAGCCUUGCCAGUUACAAACUACAGUCUUGAAAUUUACACGUUCUUCACGAUAGAUAUAAAGAAAGGUUCUAUUGCGCACUUUGUGAUGUACAAUUUCGACCGGAUAAAUCUCACACAUGGCGUGGCUCUUUGCGGCACAACCAUGAUGAUAAUGUCACUGCAGAAGCAGAUCAUUCAUAUGCUUCAUGUCGACGAAUUCGGUGCGAUGAUACCAUUGAAGGACAUCGGUGCUUCAAUAUGGGAUGAUGAUGGACUGUACCUAUUUGGUGACUGCCAAGCAACGCCGACACGAACUUCUCUUUAUACUGGAUUGAAACAGCGGCUGCUCACAUUCCUUUAUAAAGAGGCGAAACGAGAAGGCAAUGUGGAAGAGUUCUUGCGUCUUACACCAUCUUAUGUGGAGAAGUUACGAAUGCAUCGUGCUCAACUCUUCGAUGGUCAUUAUCUGCUUGUCAGGAUGCUACCACAUACUUCCAUACGGUACGAUAUCGCGCUGAUGCCAUGUUUUCUAUUCAUCUUGGAUUGGAGAGAUUGCAAGAUUCUGGCAGUUUACCAAGAGUACGGACCUGAGUUGUUGGCGUUCUAUGAAAACUUCGUCGAGGUUUUGUUGACUCCAACGCAAAACCCGCAUCGGUAUCCAAAGUCAUUUCAAUACAAUCCGCAUUCGAAGCAGAAAGCACAUUGGUUAAUGGGCAAUAGUUCAGGAAGUGAGUUUUUUGAGCUAUGUCUGAAGGAAUGUAUCGAAGAGUCCUCUCGGUUCUGCCUUUUGCGGCGCACAUUCUUCAUCGGAAAAUCCUUACCUCGACCCUUAUACUUUUCGAUUGAUGAGAAAAUUCAUUCGAAUCUGAUGUAUGGUCGCAUGCGUUUUGACCUUGGACCAGUAAAGAUUUUCGCGAGGCGCACCCAACAUCACGUGUGCUCACUGAGUCUACCACCAUCGUUGGCAUCGAAGAGCCCCGCUUGUGUGAUUCUGUUUCAUCCACAGGAUCCAUUAGCUAUUGCUUUUGACCGCAUUCGUACUGAUCAGCCCACGAUGCGAACAACAGCGGCUGUUCGGGAGAUGCAUGUGGCGUUAGUAGGAAUGACAGGAUCAGGAAAAUCUGAAGACACCUACUGCCGUCAGGAUACUGUAGCCGGGCAGCCCCUGAUGGUUUGGAUGAUGGAUACGGUAGAUGAUGCAUCGCGAGACGAAAUGCGAUGGCUGGCUUGGGCUGAUGUGAUAUUUAGUGGUAAGCGACGUCGACAAAAAAACAUUCUCGAGCGCAUCACCAAGCAUGAGCAUUUACUGUGUGCUAGAGAACAUAAGACGAUUCUACUGGGUAACAAGAACGAUUUGGAGCGAUAUCGGCAAGUAUCUGAAGCGGAAGGUGAAGCGAUGGCCAGCAAGUACAAAAUACAUUUUGCCGAAUCGACAGCCACCGGAGAUCCACGCCCAUUGUCACAACUACUUCAUACUACUUUCCAGAAUAUUCUAACUGGAACAAGAAGUCCAUCGCCUCGUUUGUGCUCCUCAGACUCAGAGAUUGUCACACCUAGGAAAUCGGCUUUCUCAGCACUUCGUUCAACAAGUCGAUCCGGUCAAGUACGAUCUAAAGCAGCGAAGCCGGUACAGUUACACAAGACGCCGAGUUUGAGCAAAAUCAAGACGGGCAGCAAGUUGCUGAAGUUAUUUCAUAAUUAA